ACGAGAAUUCCCCAAACCCUCCCACUGUUCCUGUUCCUCCUCUCUAUAGGCUCUGUGUUCCCAUCCAUUCUCCCCCGAUUCCCCAUUCCAGCCAGCCAGCUGCCAUCCACCCCCGCCCCCGCCUCCGGCGAGAUCCCCGGCGGCAGAGAUCUCCCCGACGCGGCGGCGCCGCCAUGGCCGCGCAGGCCCCCGAGGGCGAGGGGCCGGCCCCCGCCCGCCCAUCGCGCAUCCGCGUCAUGCGCCCGGAGGUGGAGGAGGUCCUCAAGAGCCCCCGCCGCGGCCGCGCCAAGCUGCACAAGGAGGGCGGCGGCGAGCAGGAGGACGACGCCGGCGCGCGGCCGCGGUACGACUGCCCGUUCCAGGACGAGGAGAAGGAGGGGCAGCAGGGGUUCGCGCCGCCCGACGUGGUGUGGUGCAAGGUGCGGAGCCACCCCUGGUGGCCGGCCCAGGUCUUCGACGCCGCCGACGCCUCCGAGCUCGCGCUCCGGCACGCCAGGCCCGGCGCGCCCCUCGUCGCCUACUUCUGGGACCGGACCUUCGCCUGGAUGGACCCCUCCGUGCUGCGCCCCUUCCGCGCCCACUUCCCCCGCCUCGCCGCCCAGAGCACCGUCUCCAGCUACGUCGCCGCCGUCGACGCCGCGCUGCAGGAGGUCACCCGCCGCAUCGAGGCCGGCCUCUCCUGCUCCUGCUCCCCGCCCACCGUCGCCAGGAAGCAGCAGAUUCAGAACACCGGGAUCAGGGAGGGGGCGUACGGCGCCGUGGUGGACGAGGUGUACAUGAGGGACUCGUUCCGUGCCAAGCCGUUCGUCGACUACAUUUCAGCGCUGGGGAGAAGCCCGCUGGCCGGCGCCGAUCGUCUCGACCUUGCCACCGCCAUGGCGCAGCUCAGGUCUUUCAACCGGUUGAGGUGUCCAAUGGAGCUCCCUGAGUUUGUCAUCUACCAGGGGAUUGAGGACGUUGCUGCUGCCGUUGCUCCUGAGGCUGAGGCUGAGGCUGAGGCUGAUGUGGCAGCAACACAACAGACAAAGAGGAAGAGGACGGAGGAGAAGGGCGGCGGGGAUGGCGAUGCUCCGGCCAAGGAGAAGAGAUCGAGGCAUGGUGGUGAGAGCUCAUCGCGCAAGAGAGAUGCUCCUGCAAAGGAACCAGAAGUGGCCAUUGAUGUUGAGGACAGCCCUCCUAUGCCCAGGGACAGGAUCAUGGACACCUCCGAAGAUGCAGCGGAUAAGGGAGAAGCUCCUGCAAACAAAGAUGCUGCCAUAGUUGAGGACACCCCUAUGCCCAGUACCAAGCAUAGGAAGUCGAAGAGAGGUAGCAAGACUUCAGCAGAGAAAAAGAAGAAAGACACUUCCAAAGAUACAGCAGAUAAGGGCGAGUCUCAACCAGAGGCAGAGCCUGCCAAAGAAGAUGAUGUGAAUGGGGACAGCUCUAUGCCGAGUGUGGAGGUGACGGAUGAUACAUUGAGCAAGCAAAGGAAGUCGAAGAGAGUUAGCAAGAGUGCAGCAGAGAGCAAGAAGAAAGACACCUCCAAAGACACGGCAGAUAAGGGCGAGUCUCUACCAGAGGCAGAGCCUGCAAAAGAAGAUGAUGUGGAUGAGGACAGCUCUAUGCCCAGCAGCGGGGCGGCAGAUGAUACAUCGAGCAAGGGAAGGAAGUCAAGGAGAGCUACUAGGAGUUCAGCAAAGACGAAGAAGAACGACACCUCCAAGGACACAGACAAGACAGACUCUGUAACUGAGCCUGCAAAGGAAGUGACUGAGAACGAGGACAGCUCUAUGCCCAGUGCAGAGGCGACAGAUGAUACAGUGAGCAAGGGAAGAAAGUCGAAGAAAAGUAAGGGUUCGGCAAAGACGAAGAAGAGAGAUGCAGAUAAGAAUGAGUCUGUACCAGAGCCUGCAAAAGAUGUUGCCGAGAAUGAGGACAGCUCUAUGCCCAGUGCAGAGGCGAUAGAUGGUGCAUUGAGCAAGGAAACGAAUUCCAAGAGCAGUACGAGGUCGGCAAAGAAGAAGAAGAAGAAAGACGCAGGUAAAAAAGAGUCUCUACCAGAUCCUGCAAAGGAAGGUGCUGAGAAUAAGGACAGCUCUAUGCCCAGUGGAGGGGCGACAGAUGGUGCAUUGAGCAAGGAAACGAAUUCCAAGAUCAGUACGAGGUCGGCAAAGAAGAAGAAGAAAGAGUCUCUGCCAGAGCCUGCAAAGGAAAAGGCCACUGGUACUGGCAGUUCAACGCCGAGUAGAGUGGCGGCAGAUGAUACACCGAGCAAGAAAAGGAAGUCCAGUAAGAAGAGUUCAGCCAGUAACAGGAUCAUAGACACCUCCAUGGAUGCUGUGGAUGGCAUGUUGAGUGAGAGAAAAUCAGGGCGUAGGCUAAGGUCCAGCCACAAGAUUGUAGAGGCUUUGGAGGUUAUGAAAUGGCCGAGGAAGAAGGAUGCUGGUGAAACCACAAAGGUAAAAGAUAAAGAUGCUGCUUUGCCCAAGGAGAACAAUCUAGGGCGUAGAGCGGGUUCUGCACGCCACAAGGAUAAAACCACAAUCACAAAGGAUGGGGAUGGACUUAGAGUUUCUCCUCUCAAGAAAAGGUUGCACCUUGAUGUACACUCAGCAACAGAGAAUGCACCCUUUGCAGUCUCAGAGCUUGGCAGGAAGAAGAAGACGCUUAUUGAACUUCUGGCAGAGACAGCUACCCCUAACCCUUCAGCAGGUGGUAAGAGCAAGGCUCGAGCGGAGCGUCCCUUGCCUUCUUCAAUCCUGAAACCUGAGGCUACACCGAACACCAGAGGGAAGCGUUCUUUGCCUGCUUCUACUGAGACACCUGAGGAUCCAGGCCGCGAUAAGGAUACAAUGAACACCAGAGAGAAGCGUUCUGUGGCCUCAUCAACCGAGAAACCUGAGCGUGAUACGAGAAGUACAGUGAAGACUAGAGGAAAAAGUUCUUUGCCUUCUUCAGCCGAGGAACCUGAGGACCCAGACCGUGAUAAAAAUGAUACAAUGAAGACUAGAGGGAAGCGUUCUUUGCCUGCAUCAGCGGAGAAACGUCAGGAUCCUGACCGCGGCACAAAGGGUACAGCAAAGACUAGGGGUAAACGCUCUCUGCCUGAAUCAACUGAGGAUCCUGACCGUGUUACAAAGGGUUCAUCAAAGACUAAGGGAAAAGGUUCUCUUCCUGAAUCAACUGAGGAACCAGAGGGUCCUGAUGACCGUGAUAUGAAGGAUUCAAUGCACACCAGGAAACGAAAGAAGCUCGACACAUUGGGGGAUUUGUCUUCCCAGCCACAGCCUGUUUCUCCCAAGGGUUCCACGAAAGCUCGAGAAGUGAAGCGCAAAGCUGCUGGGCAGAAGUCACAGGCAUCACCUGUUGUCAAAGCCAAUGGUGGCAUAUCAGGCGAUACGUCUUCCAAGAGGUCCGCAAGGCGCAAAGCUGCUGAACCGAAGCCACAGGAAACCCCUGUUGUCAAAGCUAACGGUGAAGCUUCUCAGACGAGAUCGCGUAGGGCCAAAAACAGUGAAGUGACUGUUCCAGACAAGUCUCCACGCUCUGUUAAGCUGGAUAAGGGCAAGAAAGGUGCCGUGGCAGAAGACUCACCGUCUUGUGGUGAAAUGCUGUCACAGCUGUGUGUCGGAGCAAGUGAUGCUGAGAAGAUGGGGAAGAUCGCCCCUGCAAGCGCUAGCUUCUUGACUGAUUUCCUGAAGAGCGCUCGUGCCUGUACUUCUGAUGUGGAGGAGGCAGCCAACACAGGCUGCCGUGCUUCUAGUCCCGAUGCUGACGAGGAGAUACCUGAGAAGGCAGCAGCAGACAAAGUUUCUAGUCCCAAUGCUGACGAAGAGAUGCCUGAGGAAGCAGCAGCAGACGAAAUUUCUAGUCCUCAUGCUGUCGAGGAGAUACCUGAGAAGGCAACAGACAAUGUUUCUAGUCCUCAUGCUGACUUGGAGGUGCCUGAGGAGGCAGCAGACAAAGUGUCUAGUCCUCAUGCUGACGAUGAGGUGAUACCUGAGGAGGCAGCAGAGAAAGUUUCUAGUCCCAGUGCCGAUGAGGCGAUACCCGAGGAGGCAGCAGAGAAAGUUUCUAGUCCCAAUGCUGAUGAGGUGAUGCCCGAGAAGGCAGCAGAUGAAGUUUCCAGUGUCCCUGCUAAUGAGGCGACACCUGAGAAGGCAGCAGAGAAAGUUUCUAGUCCCAAUGCUGAUGAGGUGAUACCUGAGGAGGCAGCAGAAAAAGCGAUACCUGAGGAGGCAGCAGAUGAAGUUUCACUUGCCCCUGCCGACGAGGAGACACUUUUGAAGGUAAAAGAGGAAGUUUCUAGUCCCCUUGCUGACGAGGAGACACUUGAGAAGGCAACAACAGAGAAUGUUUCUAGUGCCACUGCCGACGAGGAGACACUUGAGACGGCAGCAGCAGAGAAAGUUUCUAGUGCUCCUGCCGACGAGGAGACACCUGAGACGGCAGCAACAGAGAAAGUUUCUAAUGCCCCUGCCGGUGAGGAGACACUUGAGAAGGUAAAAGAGGAAGUUUCUAGCCCGCAUGCUGAUGAGGCGAUACCUGAGAAGGCGGCAGAGAAAGUGUCUAGUCCCCAUGCUGAUGAGGCGACACCUGAGAAGGCAGCAGAUGAGGUUUCUAGCCCCCCUGCCGAUGUGGAGACACCUGAGAAGGCAACAGAGAAAGUUUGUUGCCCCCCUGCCGACGAGGAGAUAGCUGAGAAGCCAUCAGACAAAGUGUCUAGUCCUCAUGCUGAAGCAGAGAUGUCUGAGAAGGCAGCAAAGAGCUCACCUGCUCCAUCAGAGCCGCCGGUGGUGUGUGAUGAUAUGAAGGACAAUUACUGGUCUGACAUUCUCAUAAACGUGGAGGAACCGCUGUCUAGUCUGGCAAAGAAGAAGGACAAGGGCAAGAUGAGAUCAAGCAAGAAGCAGCGGCGUGACGACGAGAUGAAGCAAGAUGAGAUGCUGCUGGCAGAGGCAGAGAACGGGAAGGCGAACGGGGCCGAGGAGGACGUGUCGCUGACGGGCCUGGUGCUGCACUUCAGCAAGCCGGGCGCGGUGCCCUCGCGUGGCGACCUCAUCGAGAUCUUCAGCCAGUACGGGCCCGUUAGCGAGGCGAGGACGGAGACAGACGAGCACUCCAGCUCGGCCCAGGUGGUGUUCAGGCGGCGCGCGGACGCAGAGGCGGCGUUCGGCGGUGCGGGCAAGAUCGUCGCCCUCAGGCCCGGCCUCGACAGCUUCCGCCUCACCGACUUCCCGUGCGCCACGGCCGCGUUCCGGGUUGAGGACGGGCCGAAGCAGGGGUGAACAGGGCUGCUGGAGGUGAAGGAGAGAGGUGAAGAGGAGGAGGUGUUUGUUAUUUAGGUGGUGGUAGCUUUCUGGUUGUGUUAAAAGGAGGAGUAAGAAGAGUAAGAGUAAGAAAGCAAGGCUUUGUGGUGGUCUCUUUUUGGAGAUGGUGGCAUGGCAUGCUCCCUGGAUGCUGAUGCUGAUGCUGAGAGGUGUUUGUUAUUAAGUACUCCAGUAGUAAGAUGUAAAAAGACUAUGGCAUGGUUGCAUGUGAGGAUUGGAUGCAUGUUGGUGUAAAAACCUGGUGACUUUGUUGGUACCUUACCUGAAAGUCUGUCUGUGUUGUCUGGUUGAA